AUGAUCGAGCUGAUGAGACGCCUAGUCGCAUGCACAAGGCGUGGUGAGAAGCUAUUUCCCUACAGUUAUGCUUUUUACUUGCGAUGUUUCAAGCAGGUGGAGCGCGAUCUAGGGGUAGUGAUUGGGUACACUCCUCAUUCUCCUCGUGCCGGGUUCGCCAGCGAGCGGAUUGCUGCAGGCGAGGACCCUACAGUGGUACGGCGGGAGGGGCGUUGGGCGAGCGAGACUUCGUUCAAAGUAUACAUUGACCCAAUCACAGCAGCACAGGUUGGCACGGCCAUGCGAUUACAACAUUUAUCGGACGCGAUGGUGUAUGUCAGUGCUCACCUGCUCCUUUAUUUCCCUGUGCAUGCUUUGCUAGCUGAGGCGCAUGGAAACCGCUCCGGUGCCGAAGCGCGCCCCCGUGGCGAGCUCCGUGCACCCUACCAAUGGCCGACGACUUGGCAGGAAGCGGAGUCUGACUCCAGGGCCGGCGGUAUCUCCUGCGACAAAACCGAGGUGGAGCGCGGCAGUUCUCAGGUCAGCCAGUUCUGCCAAGGGCCGGGGCGCCGUAGUGCCGCUUCGCGAUGGUUAAAGUGGCCCCGUUUUCCUCGAAUGUUUUGGGGCCGAAUGACAAGUUUCUUGGCCCUGAUGUUUCUGUUUGGCAACCAUGGCGCAAUACACCAUCUCGUCAACAUUCUGGGCUCUGCAGCUUUGGUUUCAGAGGCAGUGGGCCAAGCGGCGGCCACUGUUGUAUCCAAAGGGACGGAGCUAACGACAGUGUUGUCCUCAGCGGCCGUCGGCGUGACCACUACUACAUUGACUGCUGCGGAGGCUGCGUGGCGGGGUGUGGAUCUCAUUGAUGUCCAUGCCCAUCGAGUGCAUGGGCGAGUGGCAGCCGCCCGCCAUGAGACACUGGCAGGUUGGCUGGUCUCGCCCGAGGGGCGAGCUGCUACGCGUUUGAACCGCUCGGCAAUGCUGCAGCAGUGGCACCAAAAUGUAUUCCACAUCAGCGCUGACAUGCCUUUUCUGACUUUGCACGACUACGAGGUGCGUCUGAACGGCAGUUUCGCAAGUUAUCAGACUAACCUUUUGCUGCAUUCAUCGGGCAUGCUCGUCAUGGAGUUUGAAACGUUCACGGUUGAUUUCGUGCCUCAAUGGGCCAAUCCAGUGUGGGAACUUAUGGCCAUGAACUUGGAAGCAGAGCAUGACCAAAUUCUGGAAACUUUGCAUCAAGUUCUUGCGCACAUUCCGGCCGUGAAUGUCUCCUGGGAUCUUUUCCCCGAAAAAGCCGCUCCUUUGAGUACCUGGCAUCGCUGGUGGACGACUUGCAAUUCUUUCGUGCUGCAGCAUUGGCCGAUUGCUUGGUACUUUUUCCACAAGUUUUGUGACCUUCGGGGAUAUGGGUGUUUCGGGUUCAUGGUCAUGGUCCUUUCAUUUGCAGCGUGGAUGUUUCGAAGCGCUUUUACACGAGCUGCUUGA